GGUGGAGGAGUCACCUGACUGUGAGCCACCAUAAAGGCUCAACACGCCCUCGUUCUGCAUUGCAGUGCUCUAGUCUCAGAUCAGCUUCACCCAAACAGACCAGCCGGAAAACAGCGGAGUCAUGAUGCUCCUAACUCUCCUUUUCGUGUCUACAGCUGUUGCAACCCCUCUGCUGGGCACGGAGCAGUGUGCUCGUGGCCCCCCCUAUUGGUGUCAGAAUGUAAAGACCGCUUCUCUGUGCGGGGCCGUCACUCACUGCCAGCAGAACGUGUGGAACAAGCCACAGAUGAAAUCAGUGCCAUGUGACCUGUGUAAAGAGGUGCUGAUGGUGGUGGAGAGAAUACUUAAGGAAAAUGCAACUGAGUCUGAGGUUCUGGGGUAUCUGGAGAAGGCCUGCCAGCUCCUCCCUGAACAAAGUUUGAGUGCACAGUGCAAGGAGAUUGUGGAUGACUACUUUCCCGUCAUCAUUGGAAUCAUCACUGGAGAAUUGGAGGAUCCUGGUGUGGUGUGUGGAGCUAUGGGUCUGUGCACAUCUCAGCAGGCGGCCCUGGCUGCGGUUCAUGCCGAGGAGCAGCUCGUGUCAAAUGAAAUCCCUCUGGUUGACCUCUCCCAGCAAGUGUCUCCCUUCCUCCUCAAUAUUCCUGAGCUCCUUUAUCCCCAGGAGUCCACCAAGCAGGAGGCCCCCAAGCAGGAGACCCCCAAACAAGAGACUCCACUGCAGGGAAGUGAUACAGUCUGCCAGGACUGCAUCAAGUUUCUGACCGACGCUCAAGCCGAAGCCAAGGCCAACUCCACAUUCAUCAACACUCUUAUUGCAAACAUUGAGAGCCAGUGUGACCUGUUGGGGCCAGGCAUGUCUGACAUGUGCAAGCAGUAUGUUGGCCAGUAUGGUACCCUCGUUAUUGAGCAGCUCAUGUCCAUGGAACAGCAACCCAAGGACAUCUGCGUCCACGCUGGCUUCUGUACGGCUACGAAGUCCGUUCCUAUGAUGAAGCUCCUGGCUGCCAAGACUGUGCCUGCCGCCAAGCUUUUCCCUGCCGCCACUGUGGAGAAGUCUGCUACUCCCAUGGUGCGCGUCCGUGACUCCCCAACAUGUGCCAUCUGCGAGUAUGUGAUGAAAGAGUUGGAGUCUAUGCUGCAGGACCACACAACAGAGGCGGAGGUUAUUCAAGCUGUGGAGAAGGUUUGCACUCUCCUGCCCUCCUCUCUGUCCGGCCAGUGCAAGGACCUGAUCGAGACUUACGGCCAGGCCAUCAUUGAGCUGCUGGUGCAGGAGGCCGACCCCAAGACUGUCUGCACAGUGCUGGCACUUUGCAAUCAGGCCAGUCGUGCAUAUGUUGUUCAACUCGACCAGACUCGCUUCCAGGCUGGCGACUACUGUGAGGUGUGCAAGAUGGCCGUUAAAUACAUUGAUGGCAUUUUGGAGCAAAACGCUACAGAGACUCAGAUCGAGGAGGCUGUGAGGAAAGUCUGCAGCUUCCUGCCUCCCUCUUUCCAGAGCGAGUGUGACCAGAUGGUUCAACAGUAUGAGCCAAUGCUUGUCCAACUUCUGCUCCAGAUGCUCGACCCAGACUUUGUGUGCAUGAAAAUGGGAGCCUGUCCAUCAGCUUUGCACAGACUUCUGGGAACAGAGCAAUGCAGCUGGGGACCUGCAUUCUGGUGCAAGAACAUGGAGACAGCAACUCGGUGCAAUGCUGUGGCUCACUGCAAACGCCAUGUGUGGGUAUAGAGGAAGACUACCACAUACUGACCUGUAGGGAAUUAAAAGAAAAAUACUGUAGUGCUGCUUCCCACUUUUAAGUUUUGUCCUGUUUUUCUUUUUUUUAAAUAGAAUUAGACAACUUCAAUUAUGUUUAAAUUAACUUUCUGAAUGACGAUGAAAGGUGGAAAGGGACCGGAUGUUUGUAUAUUCUUUGGGUGGGUUGGGUCUGCGUGUUGGGCAGGGGAGGAGUGAUUAAAUAACAUCCUGCAAUUCAGCCUCUUACUUCUUCACAGAGCAGAAGUUAUGAAACUUCUCCACUGGGCUUUUUUGUAGUUUGAGCUGUAUUACUUGUGCUGCUUGCUGGGUGUGGUGAAAGAAUACCAAUUCAGUUUCACAUUUUGGAUAAAAUUGACACACUCUCACAGCCAGAUUUGAUUCCUUGUCCCUGGAGGAGCUGGUCUUAAUAAAACGGGUGAGAAUGCAGUGUAUUGAUGACUGGCAUCACUUUUAGCAGUAUGUCUGAUCCUCGAACAAGUUUAUAUUCUGUAGACAGAAGAUGUUGGUGUUCUUGUUUUUAUGAGUCCUUCAAUUGUUUGCACCUUCCUACUGUUUGUAAAUCAGUGUGACUAAUGACAGAAAAUACGUCAGAUUGAAAUGUCUGCUUUAAACCUGUGGCCAACUGUCAACUGAUCUGUAAAACUUUUUAACAAUUAAAGUGAUCCCAAUCCA